GAAGAGGCUCACCUCCACAGGACUGAUCCCAACCUAACAAAUUAAAACUACAGUUUACGCCACAAAGUUGUGAAAAUGUAUCAGAGCCUGGCCUUGUCCAACCAGUCCCCUUACGCACACGACACCGGGAAUUACAUGCACCCCUCUGCCAGCUCCCCGGUCUACGUGCCCACCAGCAGGGUCCCGGCCAUGAUGCCCACCCUGCCCUACCUGCAGACCUGCGACUCGGCCCACCAGUCCCACGGCCUCGGCGGGCACCACGGCUGGCCCCAGAGCGCCGCGGACUGCUCCUCCUUUACGCCCAGCAGCCCUCACCCUGCCCCGCACGGCUUCUCGUACUCGCACAGCCCGCCAGUCAGCAGCAGCAAGGGGCGGGAGGCCAGCUACCAGAGCCCGCUGGUGCUCGGGAACGGCUCCCGGGCGGAGCAGUAUGGAGGCGCGCUGGUGCGCUCGGUCGGAGGAUCCUACUCCAGCCCGUACGCGUACAUGAGCCCUGAGAUGGCGACGUCCUCCUGGACACCAGGACACUUCGAGAGCGGGAUGAUCAGUCUGCAGGGCCGGCAUGGAGGACUGUCCGGGAGGAGGACCAGUCUGGACCUGAUCGACGACAUGUGCACAGAGGGCCGGGAGUGUGUGAACUGCGGCUCGGUGUCCACCCCGCUGUGGCGCCGGGACGGGACCGGACACUACCUAUGCAACGCCUGCGGGCUGUACCACAAGAUGAACGGGAUCAACCGGCCGCUUAUCAAACCGCAGAAACGACUG